ACAACAGCCUCAAUUGUUUUUCUUUUCUUGUUAUUUUUUAAUGCUCAGUUCUCGGCAGCUACAAUAUCGCUCCGAUGAAGAAUAAAGCAGUUUGUUCUCAAAACACUUGCGGUUGACAAGUUUCUCCGCAAACUUUGAACCCAUACUGGAAUCGGAAGAGAAUCCCGGCCAUGGAGGAUAUCACGGAGCUGAAUUGCUCGGAAACUUUUUGGGAGCCUCUCAUUUUCAACUUCAACUUUAGCAACUCUUCGUUUGUUAGCAUAGACGACUUGGACUCCUUGUUCACUUGGAAGUUAUACGUCAAGACGACGGUGUAUCUGGUGACUAUCAUUGCAGCCCUGGUGGGCAAUUUGGGUGUCAUUGUGACGGUGGUUACCAACAGAGUGAUGCGGACUACCAUUAACUAUUACCUGCUCAACCUCGCCGUCGCGGACGCGCUGAUUUGUAUAUUUUGUAUGUGGGUGCACUUCGUAAACAGCUUCUCUAACACGUACGUGCUGGGAUCCUUUAUGUGCCGCGUCGAAGGAUUCGCCAAAAUGACCUGCGUCACAUCGAGUGUCCUGACGUUGUCGGCUAUUUCAUGCGACCGUUUCAUCGCCAUCAUGUUCCCGCUCCAAGCGCACGUGCGCGUCACAAAGCAGCGGACCAGCGCCGUCAUUGCCACCAUCUGGCUCUUCUCUGUAGCCAUCUCUGUGCCUUUGAUCGUCUACUCAAGGCUGUACACAGUCUCUUGGAGCCCAGAAGAGUCGGUGAGCUAUUGUGGGUGGUCGUGGCCCAGCGAGGUAACUAUAGACGUCACCGGAGAAUGCUCCAAGACGUCGCAGACACGAAAGCUCUACUAUCUGUUGGUCACCGUGACGCUCUUCUUCCUUCCCGUGGCCAUUAUGCUAACAGCUUACUCUCUGAUCGUCUGGCGCCUCUGGAUCACGCAGAUGCCCGGAGAACGCAACGCAGCGAACAUCAGCGCUCAGUGCAGAGCUAAAAAGAAGGUCGUUAAAAUGGUGUGCACAGUCCUGGUGGCAUUCGUUAUCUGCUGGAUGCCACUCCAAGUCAUCGUCCUGUAUUCACAGUUUGGAAAUUCAAAGCAGCGAGAUAAUGAGAUGCCCAGCUGGUUUGACGAAGCUUCGUCCGUGGCAACCUACAUAGCCUACUCAAACAGCCUCCUGAAUCCCAUCAUCUAUGGUGGAUUCAACAACAACUUCAGAAAUGGGCUCUGCACCGUGCUUCAUUGCUACCUUCGAAAAAGGCCGUCUCAGCAACCACGCCCUAGUCUUCACUCUGUCCAGAUGCACAAGUUCCACAGCGGAAUACAGUGCUCAAAGCUCAACAGUAACGGCUACAGGAACAGCAGCGGAGGUGCUGCCAACAAGCCAAGGCAACACCCCAUCCUUCGUAGCUCCACCAGCUGCCCCGGUCGGCAAUGGUCCAUCCGAAGACUGGUCUACUCGAGUAAGGUCCCGGAAGACGCGUCCAGGAGCCAGCUCCCAGAUAUCCACACAGGAUACCCUUCCUCGAAGUGCUCUAUCUGCAGGGACGCUGCAAACCGGUCGAGAGACAGCACAGCAGUCUGCAUCGCUAGUAACGGCGAAAAACCAGGCUGCCCGUAG